AAGCUAGACACCACCUUUAUAUUGUUUCAGUUGUUAAUUAAAAUUGUAUUUGAUUUACCUCGUUCCUCACUUCCAGUACAAGAUCAAAACAUUUUAGAUAUAGACAAUGAUAUUUUAAUAAAAGAAUACCGUUCACUAUGUUAUUAUAGUGAACAAUAUUUAGAAGAAAUCAUUAAAAUAUUUCAAUGUGAUUAUCGUUCUGAAAAUGCCAUAUGGUGGUAUGUUCACGUUCCAUUUUUCCAGCGUCUCAUAAAUGAAGCGUUUCGAACCAACAAUAUUAACACAUUAUUGAAGUUUCAAUCAUAUUUGUACGAUGUUCAUAAUCAGAUAAAUUUAUUACAUUUAAAACAAUUAUCAGUAGAUAAUACAAACAAGAAUAUUAUUGUAUAUCGCGGACAAUUAAUAUCUGUCGAUGAAUUACAAGUGCUAAAAGAUAAUAUCAAUGGACUUGUAUCAAUGAACACAUUUCUUUUAGCAACUAAUUCAUAUGAAGUUGCUACUACUUUUGCCGGUAAUGGCAUAAAUCGUCCAUUAUUUGAAUCUAUUCUAUUUGAAAUUGAUAUUGAUACAAAUAUAUUUACCAUACCAUAUUGUAAUUUUGAAAAUUUAAUUCUGUUUUCAAUUGGAACAGUAUUUCGAAUAAAAUCAAUUGAAUUAUUCAUGAAUAAAAUUUGGUAUA